AUGAAGCCAUCAGUCGUCUUCUCAGUUCUGACCUUGGCUCUGGCCAGUCAAGCUUGUGAUACGUACAAGUACUGUCACUGCACCAACGCUGAUGGAACGCCAAAUAGCGGCGCCACGCUUACCGUAUGUGGUAACGACCCGUAUGUUUACGACAAUGGAUAUGCCGAGUGUAACCACUACGAUAACUACUUCUGGGUCGUUAAAGCCAUCAACAAUUGCGAUUUUAGAAAAGCAUGCAACAAGAAUGGCGCACCUGGAGACUCUAGUUGUAGAGCUAAGGUUGGGGUUUUCAAGGCAUAG